AUAUAGCAUGUUUUUCCGUUUACUUUUACUAGCGUUUAAAAAUAUUUUUAUUUGCGUCAUGAUGUACAAACUCAACCCCCCAAAAAAUUAAUCGUGUUCCAAAAUAGUGACGGACGAAUACAGACGUCAGACUGUAUUCGUUGUGGAGCCGGUUGUUGAUGUGGGCGUUACGUGUCAAGUAACUGCUUGACAGCAGUGAAGGUCUUUGCUGUCUGAAGAUACUAUGUUCUGUGAUAACAAAAGUCCGCUAUGUUCAAACUGGAAUCAUACAUCACACCUAUAUUACUUAGUUAUGUGGAUAAAUACAUAAAAAAUUUCAGACAUGAAGAUUCACAGGUUUCUUUAUGGGGAGGAGAUGCUUCCUUUCACAAUCUGGAGCUUCGACUUGAAGUCUUGGAGCAAGAACUGCAGCUGCCAUUCAGCUUUGCAAGUGGUCACAUACAUGAACUCCUAAUUCACGUACCUUGGACGAAGUUGAAUUCUGAACCUAUAAGCAUCACAAUAAACACUAUUGAAUGCAUUUUGAACUUAAAAAAUGAAGAUACUGUGUGUCCAGAAGCAGCCGGUCAUUCAGGAACUACCAGUGUUGCCGCAAAGGAAUCACGUAGGAAACCAAGGAACCAAGAAAACAUUUCUGCACCUCCAGGAUAUGUUCAGAGUAUGGUCAAUAGGAUAGUCAGUAAUAUUAAUGUCCAAUGUAACAAUUUGAUUUUGAAAUAUGUGGAAGAAGACAUUGUUUUGUCAGUAAAUGUGAAAACUGUGACUCUUCAGUCUGCGAACAAUGAAUGGAAGCCAUCAUUCGCAGAUGUUUCAUCUGUGGAUGUUACACUCAGGAAAGUAGUUUCUCUGACUGACCUUACAAUAUGCCUUGAUAAGAGAAAUGCUUCAGGGAAGAUUGAAAUGUACCAGGAGCCUCUGCUGUAUCGAUGUUCCCUGGAUAUUCGACUGCUUUGCAGUUAUCUGUCACCUAAAUCAAAACGAGCCAAGGUGACACGAAUUGAUGUGCAUUGUGGCCGCAUGGAUUUCAGUUUGACAGAACAACAAGUGCCAAUGUUGAUGCGUUUAGUGCUAUUACUUCGUGCACUUCAUAGUAGAGAGUUGCAGAGAAGCAUGCGCAAGGACAGCAGUACUGGAAGUCAUCCGAUUGUUGAGGACACAGAUCAGGAUCUAGAUGGUGAUGAAGAUGAUAAUGGAGGUGACGAUGAAGAAAAAGCAGAAGAAUCAUGGGCUGGCUGGGCUUUGAGCUUUGUUCCUUCACUAUAUCCAGCACAUGGAACAGAGGAGUGGGAAAAUGACCAAUACAUUCCAGUACCUGGUCCUACAAUGCACGCUGGUUUUUAUAUGGAGCAGGCUUCAGUUUCGUUGAAGGUAACAGAAAGCACAUCAGAGAGGAGUUACUAUGGUCCACGUAAGGUGAAGUUCGUGCCUUUUUUAUUUCUUCAGCUCCAAGGCUGCUAUGGUGAUGUUAUGAUGCAUGGUUCAAGGUGGCUUAAUGCUCGAAUGGGAAUCAGUUACGCUUCUUUGGAACCUCAUGGUGACUGCUUCUGUGGUGUGAAAGAGAAUGGAGGGGAUAUGGACGCAAAAUUCUUCUCUGCCGGUCAUAAACAGGAAAAUUAUCUGGCAGAUUCUCUAUUUGAUGUUGACUCUGUUGAAAACAAGGGAAGGAAGAGAAAUUACAAUAUACUGUGGGAUUUUCAUGUUGACACAAUCACAGAAGCUUUACUUUUGGAGAAGACUCCUGCCUUAGCGUUUGAUUACUUGUACAUGUUAGAACUUCCUGAUGACUUCAAUUCAGAGCGUCUCUCGGAACUAGGCAGCGAUUUGGAAUACAGUAAUCUUCCAGAACGAGCUCUUUGUCGUGUUGUUGUGGGGCCUAUGUUACUGCGGUUAUCUUCUGGACUCUUUCAUCGUCUGCAAGCAGUUCAGGGUGCUGCUUUGCUUUAUGAUUACUGUCCAUACUCGGUACCGAAACCAGAGCCUAGCCGUGAGCAGCUGCCACCAGCUUCAGCAGAGGAUUUUGAGGCACUUGAAGCCAACAUACCUGUUCAAGUGUUUCAAAUAACAUUCUUCAAACCAGAAAUACAACUGCAGCUGGCGACUCAUCCUCCCUUUGAGCCCUCUGUUAUGCAGGCAAACAGGAAACGCAAGAGAUCAGCACGAAUACAACCAUUGUGUCAGCUUGCACCAAAUUCCUUACCUCAAGUAACUUUGGAAUGUCAGUGCCUGGAUGCAAAGAUGGUGCGACCUAUGUAUCCUAAGCGGCUAGUGAAGACAACAUGCCAAUUACCAUCUCCGCCUCAGCACAUGUUUGAUAUGUGCCAUUCAAUGUUUAAUGUGAAGUUUGUGGGCAUUGCCAGCUCUUUGAUUUUGGAUGCCAGUUGUAAGCGAACUACAGUUCUGCUACCAAGCAAUUUAUCAUUCAGUCAGCGGAGCAUUGUCCUUCCACAGUACUGGGUUGACCCAGCUAUACCUCAUAUAGAGCAAACUGUAGAAACAGAAAUUGUAACUGUGACGUGCACUAAGGCAAAGAUGCUUGUUAUUGAGUGUAUUGUUCAGUCGGUCUUCAAUGCUUCACAUACUAGUAAUAUUAUCAAUACAACAACACUAUUGCAGGAUGCCAGAAAGGAAAUGAAUGUGGAAUACUUGGAGAUUGGUGUGGAAGGAGUGGUAUAUCAUCAGGUACUGCUACCACACACAGAUUGCCAUGCUGUGACCGUAGGAGCAGUCCGUGCAUUUGUAUUGCUCCCAAAAUCAGAGAGCACUACAGACCAAGCUGUUGUAUUAAUUGGACCAGAUACAGCCUCGGCAACAUUACCACUUUUCAGUUGCUCAUUACAGCGACCACUUUCACCCAAGAUCCAGUCUCACCCUCCAUUACUGGGAUUCCAUUUGAGAGAGGUCAACAUUUCAGUUGAUCCUCUUUUGUGGAGAUGGCUACAGUACACUCCUCAUACAGUGACCACCAGGAUGCCUUCAGUAGACCGUAUUACAACAAGUGCUCCAUCUACUUCUGGUGGCCAGCGACGUGUCCGCAGAAUGUCGGAAGGUAGCAGAGCACCAACACCACAAGAAUCAGUACACAGCAGUUCUGAUCGUGAGAUGGGUCCAGUACCUACACCAUCUAUGAAUAUUGAGGAAGUGACUGUACCAGAUGAAGCUGUUAUACAGAAAUCAAGACAGUUGCAUUUUCUCAAGCCUGUUUCUGCUACAGCAACUGUUGCCAUAACUACAAAAUAUAAACCAGAUGAGACCUCUUUGUCUUCAUUGUAUUUCUGUGUUCACAUUGAUACUACACCAGUGAAGUUAGCAGUAUCACAGAUUCAGAUGAGUCUGAUGGCAAGAGUAAUUUUUGAUGUCUUGGAUGUAGUAUCUGCCUUUAGUUUUGGCAGUAUUAAACAGCAGCAACAACAACUGCAUGUACCUGAAACAAUUCCAGAAGUACCUGCUCAAAGUCUUACUAGCCCCACUGUGUUCCGUGAAAGCAGUGGAAGUCAUGAAUCACUCCAUGCAGAUGCAGACGGUGGCACAUCCCCUGACCCAGGUGGUGUUAAAAUGACAGCAUGGAUUCAGUCAACACUUGCUAAAUUAGUUUUGUCAUUAUAUGUUGAUGAUAAAACUGAUUCAAAUGAAGGAAAUGAAUACAAACUUAGUAUUGAUUUGGAAGAUAUUAUGACAUCACUCGACUUACAGCACAUAUACUCAAAACUGAAAUGUAAAGUGGCUUCUGCCAAUGUUCUGCAUUUCAAGAGGUCAUCUGCAUCUGAGCAGUGGAAACCGGGUAUAUUUUUAGGAUUAGUGAUGCGAGGUCAGGAUGACAUCAGCACACCACCAUCACCCAUGUCACAUCAGGGCACAGCUGAUGAAGGUGGUGGUGGUUUCCUCAGUAUGACGUUCACUCGAGCACAGUGCACACAUGUGCAUACACAGUGGGGAACGAAUCAUUUGCCACCAGCAAUAACACGCACAGUUCUCCCAUUGCAGGCAAAUAAAUCUAUUUCAGAAAUUGUUAUCAAAAUGCAAGCAGUGGAUUUUUUACUACCACCAGCAGUACUUGGAAUUUUCAUAAAGAUUCUAAUGCCCAUGGUCUCAAUGCCUGCAGAACAUGGCACGACAGAAACUACUGAAGUCGUGGGAAACAAUUGGCUAAAACAUCUGAACAACAGCACACUACCAUUAUUGUAUUUGGACACUCGAGCCAUCCGAGUUAUACUUCCAGCAUGUGAUAUACCUGGAGCUGCCAAUAAUGUCAUGGUUGUGCAGUUAGAUGAAAUCAAUAUCUCUCCACAAGUGAAGAACCCAUUAGGCCGUUCUCCCUUACGGCCCGACAUCUGGAGGCUAGCUGAACAGUCAAGAAUGUUAGCAGUACCAGGAUCUGAAGUUGAGGAUCGUCAAUAUCAAAUUGAUAUUCAUGGACUUUCUGCCAGUUCAGGUCCAUGGAAUGAAUUGGAAAAAUGCCUUGGUGCUGUAUCUGGUGCUACCAGCCAAGGAUUACGAACUAUGGCAGAAAACCCUGCUCUAGCUUGGAACAGCCUUGAUUGCCAAGGUACAGGUUGCGACGAUGGAAUAGUUCCUCGUGCAACAUUAUCUCCUGUUCUCACUGGACUGAACUUAUGCAUCGUUCUUGCACCUGCAGUAGUCUAUCGUGGUCAUGUGCUUGUAUGUGGAGCUGCCCUGGAAGUUAAUGCUGUAUCAGAUGUUCUUGUAACACUAAGCACAAGCCAGUUGCUGCUGGCGUCUGCUCUGGCUGCUGAAAUUGUUUUCCUGUUUUAUCCAUUUAUUAAUACUGGUGCAGUGCAUGAAAACUGCCGCCAGCAAGGAAACGUUCUCUCACAGUCAUCGCCAAAGUAUGUGAAGCAGCACUCUCAUAUUGUAUCUCCUAGAGAUAGUGCUGCCCCUAGCAGUGGAUUCCAUGAGGACACUUUUGAUACACAUGCAAGUGGUUUCCAAAUGUAUAGAUCUAGUUCCCAUGUUUCAAUGAAUAUUUCACAGCAGAAGUGCCCAAAUCCUAAAGAAAGUGGCAGAGAAGUUUCAGAUAGAGGCAGUAGCUCCAAUUGGAACAAGGGACAUAUUUCACCUUCUACAGACAAGAUUUGCAAUACUGUACCAUUGGAAAUACUUUUGACAUCUGGUACAGUUUCCCUGAUCUUGUAUGACCUCAGUGAAUCUGGAAUCUCGGCAGAAAGUCUGUCAUCACUCUGGCAGAGAAAUUUCAUCAGUCGUGUGACUGGAAAGAUAUUAGAUCCUGAGAAAGAGGGGGAACCAAAAGUAGAUUCAGGUGCCCAUAAAUUUGCAGACAAAAUGAAACAAAAACCAGUAGUAUAUCCAUUACUGCAUAUAAUCUUUGCUCAACCCCAUACAUUCUUUUCAAAUAAUUUUGACUCACAGAAAUUGAAUGUUUCUUGUUUUGACUUGAGUGUAAAAUUGGGUAGAGAAGGCACUGCUGUCAGUAAGACAACGCCAUCUGUUGAUGAUUUCCCUUUUACUCUUGUGGAAACAAAGGGCGGUGAUCCACAUCCUGAUACAGGUAUACCACCAUCCCUUGUGACUGUGAAAUUGAUGAAACCCAUUAACAGAGCACCAAAAAUUGAAGUAGAUUUGGGAAGACCAGUAAGAUUUUGUGUGAGCAUUCCAACUUUAGAAUUUCUGACCAGAGUUGAAAGGAAACUUGCAGACUGCUUUUUACUGGCUUCAGUGCUGAGCAAUGUCUUAAGUACAGACAGUGCAGAUGGAAUACCAAGCAUCAAUGAACAAACUACAGGUCUCGUCAUAGGACCACUGGGAAGUUCCAGAACUGUGGAAGUGGUGGAAUCAGAAAUGCAAGAGACGAAUGCUGAACGAAGGUCUUGGCAGUUGCCAGGAAGAGCAUCCACUAUGAAUGUGAGAACACAGCAGAUUAUUUUAUCAUUGGAAGUUGGGAUUGGUACUAUGCUAUUGAGCAUUGCUGGAGUGCAAGUUGCACUGAGCUGCACGUCACGACUCCAAAGCGACAAAGUUGUUCUGAAGACAGCUCUCACAAGCCUGGUUAUGACAGUCUCACAUUUUGGUAGCUCUCCUCGUGUUCUACUUAACCCUUGGAGUUGUACUGCUGAAUGUCAUCUUUUAUGGGACAUGUGGUCCACCUUUCCACAGGCUCAGGUAACAGCUAACUCAGAUUCUAUUUUAAUUGAUGUUGGGCCUGAACAUCUACAAAUUUUACAGUUGUUGAUAAAUGAAUAUCAGCCAUUACUACAAAAUAUGUCACAAGAUUCUCCUGUGCCAACUAGAAGUGAACACAAUGAACAGUAUUUUGGUAUGUCACCAGUAUCGAGUCAACACUAUAAGGAUGAUUUGCGUGCAGGAGCUUUUCAGUUUGUAGAAGCAGCUGAAGGUUCUCGUUCUGCUCAAGAACUGCCCCUCCCAUAUCAGAUAGUAUUUUGGAGUAACCCACCAACAAUGGCUUGGCGUUAUCCGCAACCACGCACAUUGACUAGAGUUGAUAUUUUUCCAGUUCCUUACAAGAUGGCAAGCAAUUCUCACGAAGAGAGUGUUAACUGCAAAGAACAGGUUCUUUGCUCAUUACAAUAUUGGAGUGAUGCUCGUAACAGCUACCAAGAACAUUCACAGUUUCAGUUAUCUGAAUCAGAUAUUUGUCGGCUAAAGUUACCUGAAGAUUCACAUCCUGUUGUUAGCUGCACUUGGAGAGUGCAACUAAUACUUCAAACUGGUGAUGAAGAUAGUUUAGUUGCCAAGAAUGUCACUAUUUCACCUCAUUCCCUCGCAGCUUGCAUGAGAGUUGACUCUUUCUUCUCACCAGAACUUGUUCCACAUAUUCAGCUUGCUGUGAAUGUAACUUCUAUUCAGAUUUCUUUAUAUAAUCACCUCCAGAUAGACAGUCCAUGUCAAAUGAUGCCAGUACCACUACAGGCAUUCACAUGGGAUGGAAAUUUUCCUUCUACGCAGCGCUUUUUCUCUGUCUUACUAGACACUGCAGCUCUAUUCUUCUGCCACUGGAAUUCAGAACAUAGUUCUCUUGAGUUUACUAGCAGCAUUCGUUGUGAUUCAGUUGAUUUUGCAUAUCUGACACAACAAUGCAUUGUAGAGCCUUUUAGAACAAGCUUCCAAAUAAAUUUUGGAAAUAGUAAUACAGCAUCACUUGUUAUGAGUCCCAUUAAUAUUAGGCUUGGACCAUCCAUAGGUCAUUCAUUAGGUAUUUCCUCACAGCUUUGGACAGGAAAUUAUGCUGAUAACCCUGAAAGCCAGAACUGUAUCAUAAUUAGUCGAUAUGUAAUUUGUAAUGAUAUGAUGCAGUCCAUAAGAUUUGGUCAAGCAAUGACAGAUGAAGAUAUUUUGCUUGGGAGCAGACAGUGCCACAUGUAUGCCUGGCGCACUCACAAAGCCAGGCAAAUGAUGCAUGUCGGAACAGAGAAUGGUGGUUGGGUGUGGAGUCAGCCAUUUGAAAUUGACAGAGAUGGUACUAAUUUGUGCUGUGUUACAGAAAGUAGCCAGAGAGAAUUCAGCUUGAUUGUGAAGGUAACCUCACUUUCAGCUACUCAAAAACAGGUUGUAAUAUCAGGCCAAUUAAUAAUAACGAACCUUUUAGUGGAACAUUUUGAAUGUAAAGUUUUGCCAGUCGCAGAUGCUGAUGCACCCAUGCAUCCUGUUAGAUCCCUUCUUGUUUGUGGUAAAGAUACAGCUCCUUCUGUUUUACUAGAAGAUGGUAAAAGAGUUGUUUUACGAAUACGUUUUCAUGGUCUUGAAAGUUUAUGGUCUGGAGAUAUUCCAUUGGAGGAAAAUGUAAAAACAAACCAGCCUUGGUUAGUUAAAGUUCCCUUGCAAGAUAAAACUCAGUUUCUCAGUGUAUGGUGUAGGAUUAUAAGACAGCCAAUUGGGAAUGGUGGUAAAAUUUUAGCAGUACUUUCUCCAUUAUUCAUGAUAAGAUCUCAUUUACCACUACCAGCAAAAGUUUUUGUUGAUACACCAGGUUUAAAAGUUCAUCUUGAAUCAAUUAUAAAAGGAAAAGGAGAUGAACAGCAGUUAUAUUGCCCUGGUACUAUUGAACAUACACACAAAUUAACAUUCCAGCUUGAAAACAGUAUUCUGCCUUCUGAUCCUUAUGUACCAUUAUCAUACACUAUGGUAGAUCGUCAACAGUUUCCUAAUAGCACCCUUAGAAAAGGUGUGGAUAUAGAUGUCAUCUUAGACACAGUACACAAUAAACAGGGCAGUUGCUGGCCAUUUGUUGGUGAAGAAUAUGCAGAACUUCCUUGGGAAACUGCAGAGCAGCCACAGACACAUGUUCAGGUGGAAUAUAAACUUCACAGUCCAUAUUCUGGUACACUUUUAGUAGAUGUUCAACCAUGGGCACUAAUAGUAAAUACAUUAGGAUGUACAGUGAGCUUGAUAAUUGAAGGCUCUGUAAUUUGUAAUAUUCCACACAUUGGAGUUGUAGCUCCCCCUAAAAUGGAAAGUACAUUUGUUCUGUCAUUCCAUUUAAGAACACUAGAGCAUUGCUCCUGUCCUCUUCAACUUGAACAACGAGGAAGAAUUAGUAGUUUCUAUAUGCCACACAUUUCUGGUGUAAUACCCAGUGUAGGUCAUGCACAGAUUCCAGUUCAACAAAGCAAAGUGAUGUGUUUUGCAAAUCUGAAAUCUGACAUCACUGAUGAAAUAAGGAUACUUCAUAUAAGACCCAGCUAUAUAGUAUGCAACCACACAAAUCUUGAGCUCCAAAUGUCUUGUCUGCUUUUGAAAGAAAAAAUCAGUAUGUCAGAAUUUCAUAAUGCUGCUCAAUCUUACAUUGUUGUUCCACCUGAACCACAAGGACCACAAAGUAGAGGUGUUCCAGUUACUGAAUGGACACUCGUUGGUGGUGGAGAAGAUGAAAUAAAUCACUAUGUGUCUUUCAACAAGGGUGGCGGAUGGUGUUGCCCAAUCAAAGUAAUCAAACAAUUUGGCCGUCAUAGCUUUACAGUUCCUGUGAAAGCAGAUGACAAAUGCAAAGAAAUGAAUGAGGCUUUUGUUCUUUCCAUUCAGGUGCUUAGUGACCAAAUAUUUCUACAUGUACACUGUGAUCCACAUCCUCAGAUGAUCAUUCAUAACAAAUGCAAUUUCAAACUUCUCUGUGCACAAGGAACAGUGGGAAAUGAUGGUAGUGUUGUUUUUGAAGCAUCACACAUUGAUUGGUUAUGUGAAGUCCACCCAAACAAAUCUUCAUUCUACAGUCUUCCUUACAUAUCAAAACAGUUUCCAAACAUAGUUAAGCCAACUGUUAUGCCACAGCUGGUAUUUGCUUGCUAUAAUGAAGGACUUCCAAAGUGGUCUCAGGGUCUCGAUAUUAUUGAAGUACAGGAACAGUUCUUGUAUCUCCCCAACCAUGGUGAUGUUAGAGUGCACUCAGAAUUUCACUGUCACACAUUGCAUAUCACAGUGGAUACUGUAAGCCAUGUUGAAAUAUCGGCUAGAGACAUACGCAUAAGAUUAAUACAAACACACAUGGAGAAAGGUACUGGAAGUAUAUCAGAUGGCAGCUCUCCUGUCCAAGUGGCGACUGCUAACAGUGAAGGUGAGGACAGUUACAGAUUAAAUGUUAGUACUUCUGAUACUACUUUCAAUAUAUCUACUCCAUUGGAAGAAAAAUCAAAAUGUUUAAGACGUAUAAAUUCAGAACAAGCUUUAAAGCCAUUAUGCAGUGAUGCACAAGAUGUUCAACCUGAUACUAGCCCUAAAAAUAGUUUUCUUCUGUCACUCUUUCUAAAAGGACUGAAUAUUAUAUUGACUGAGGAUUUACCAAGUACAAGUACAAUAACAUCUGAAAUACUUUCUCUGACCUUAGACAAUGUAUGUAUCUCAGCCCAAACAGAAAAAAGCUUUGCAGGACAAGAUGAAUGGCAUAUUUCUUUCAACAUUGGGGAUAUGCAACUUGAUAACCAGAUGUUUAAAUCUGGAGGAUUUGAUUUUCCAGUCAUACUGAUAGGCCAGGCACCUAAGAUGAUCCACUUUACAAAUUUACGUGUCCCAGCUAGUGUACUGAUUAAGCAGACUGAAGAGUAUGCACUCAUAAAAGUGUUUGCUAUUCUCGAAAAGAAACUCACUGGUGAUCUGACUGCAAAAAGUCUAAGAACUUCCAUUGGACCUCUGAGCCUGUACAUUGAAGACAACCUUAAAAUAAAGCUUAUUGAUAAAACAGUAUCCAUUUUUAAUAAAGGCUUAUUUUUCACAGAGAAAGAACAUAGGGUUACACAACAGUCUUCUCACUUGGCAGUAAUUCCAAUUCCACAAGCAAUUGAAUUCCAAGCACAGCAGAUUGCAUUUCCAAUUCAAUUACAGUCUCUCACUAUUGAACCUUUAUCUAUGCUACUAAGUGUUCACAUGACAGCUCCACUUUAUGUAGCUUUGGAUUGUUCUCCACUCCAUUUCACUGCAUUUCAACACCGUUAUCUUGUUACUACACCAUAUCGACUUGGACACACUUUGACAAUGCACUAUCUGUCUGGAGCCAUUUUUGGUGCUGGUUGGGUUGUAGGUUCACUGGAAUUGCUGGGAACUCCAGGUGGCUUUGCUCGCACUGUAGGCUCUGGUCUUUGGGACUUUGUCAACAUGCCCUAUCAAGGCAUUUUCCAGGGGCCUUGGGCAUUUAUUGCAGGUGUUACUCAUGGCUCAGCCUCUCUUAUGAAGCAUGUCACAGCAGGUACUCUUAGCUCUGUGACAAAAUUGGCUGCAAGUUUAGCUCGAAAUUUGGAUCGACUUACCCUGGAUGCAGAACACUUGGAACGCACAGAAGAACGACGGAGGCAGCCACCACAAGGACUAACACAAGGUGUAGUUCAAGGUCUGACAGGACUAGGAAUAAGUUUACUUGGUGCAGUAGGAGGGAUUGCGCACCACCCAUUACAGUCUAUGAUUUUUGGUGGAAAUAUAGCUGCAAGUGUGGGAAGAGGGCUUGUAGGGGUUGUUACUAAGCCUCUUAGUGGGGCUGCAGAUUUUGUUGCCCUUGCAGGCCAAGGUCUGCUACAUGGUACUGGGUGGUCAACAGUGUUGCAAAUUCGGCAUCAGCCUUCAGUAGACCCCAUUUGUGGCAGAGUCAACUCUCAUCUUAAAUACAGUUGGAAGUUAGUGUCAGAUGUGAGGCAUCCAUUCCUCUAUGUUGUUGAAGCUGUGCAACGCAGUGAAAAUGCUGACAUGGAAGCUGUGACGCUCUUACUUACUGUCCAUGCUCUUUUCUUAAUAAAUGUAGAACAGGAUAAUGUACAAAAAGUGCUCUCACUUUCAGAACUCACCACUAUUGAGAAAUCUGAUGAUCCGACUCUCAUAAGUUUGUGUUUCCAGCAUCCUGUUGCUUCCAUAGAGACAGAUACUUCAUCUCGUGCAAGGGUUGUGAAUUUUGUGAGACAAAGUGGUGGUCUUGUGACAAGUGCCAGUGAUUGUAGUCCAUCAGAUUCAGGUUCAAGUAAUUCAUGUGGUUUUGUAAAAGUAGAACCUCGGACCUUCCAGACUGUCUUAACUUUUUUUGUGAAUCCACAGCAAAGAGAUUAUUUAAUAGCACUUUUGACUAUUAUUAAAAGACAGUGUCAAGGAAGAGGAUUUCCAGUAUUGUGAAAGAAGUUUGGAAUAAUUGUCUGUGCUUUCCAUCUUGUCUCAGAAGUUUGUAACUGUGAUGUAUUAUAAGAUAUUAAAUUUUGCCAGUUGUUUGUUACUGUAACAUAAAUUUUCUGUUAAUACAAUUUUUUUACAAAAUA